AUGGCAGAAAAGGCGAAAGUGGCACAGAGGUGUCUGGACCCCGCUGACAGAUCUGACUGUAUUGUGUUCCUCAGGAGCGAGUGCCCAGGCAUGCAAGUCUCUGCACUCACUGAAGACCUCAUGCAGCCCACUGAGCGCAUUCGCAGCCAGAUGCAGCCCAACCAUCUGGGUAUGCCUGCCGAUUCAUCCGCCAAGACUGAACCUCUCAUUCAAGUCAACGAUUCUCUGCUUUGGGCUCGGGAGACGGGUUUUCCAAUCGGGUCUCAUCCUGUCAGCAGGCAGUGCAUCCUUCCUCUGUAG